AUGGUUGCAUCUGAUUCUAAAUCACAUUCUCAUACUCAAACAAAUUAUGAAAAAGAUCAAAAUUUUGAAGAUAUUUUAAAGCCUGUCUAUAAAGGUAAAAAAUUGACAGAUGAAAUUAAUACAGCUGAAGAUAAAUGGAACCUAUUACCUGCUUUCUUGAAAGUUAAAGGUCUAGUUAAACAACAUUUAGAUUCCUUUAAUUUUUUUGUUGAUGUUGAUUUGAAAAAAAUUAUUAAGGCAAAUCGGUUAAUCUUAAGUGAUGUUGAUCCAGAAUUUUAUUUGAAAUUUAUAGAUAUUAGAAUUGGUCAAAGAUCAAACUCCAGUUCAAAAGAUAUUUUAGCUCCACCACAUGAAUGUAGACUAAGAGAUAUGACAUAUUCUGCACCAAUUUAUGUUGAUAUUGAAUAUACAAGAGGUAGAAAUAUUGUUAUCCAUAGAGAUGUAGAAAUCGGUAAAAUGCCAAUUAUGCUGAGAUCAAAUAAAUGUAUUUUGAAUGGAUGCGAUGAACAGAUGAUGGCUCGAUUAAAUGAAUGUCCAUUAGAUCCAGGUGGUUAUUUCAUUGUCAAUGGUACUGAAAAGGUUAUUUUGGUUCAAGAACAAUUAUCUAAGAAUCGUAUCAUUGUGGAAGCUGAUGAAAAGAAAGGUGUUGUACAGGCUUCUGUGACAUCUUCUACACAUGAAAGAAAAUCUAAAACAUAUGUUGUAACAAAAAAUGAUAAAAUUUAUCUGAAACAUAAUUCUAUUUCAGAAGAUGUUCCAAUUGCUAUUGUUUUAAAAGCUGCUGGUAUAGUGUCAGAUUUAGAAAUCUUACAGUUGGUAUGUGGUAAUGACAGUUCUUAUCAAGAUAUUUUUGCAGUCAAUUUGGAAGAAGCUGCAAAAUUUAAAAUAUACACACAACAACAAGCUUUGGAAUAUAUUGGUACUAAAGUUAAGACUAUUAGAAAACAAAAAUUAACUGCAUUACAAGAAGGUAUAGAAGCUAUAGCUACUACUGUAAUUGCUCAUUUAACUGUGGAAGAAUUGGAUUUUAGAGAAAAAGCCUUAUAUAUUGCUAUGAUGACACGUAGAGUUGUUAUGGCCAUUCAUAAUCCAAAAAUGGUUGAUGAUAGAGAUUAUGUUGGUAAUAAACGUUUAGAAUUAGCAGGUCAAUUAAUUUCUUUAUUAUUUGAAGAUUUGUUCAAGAAAUUUACAAGUGAUUUUAAAAUGAGUAUUGAUAAAGUAUUAAAAAAACCAAACAGAGCUAUGGAAUAUGAUGCUUUGUUAUCUAUUAAUGUACAUUGUAAUAAUAUUACUAGUGGUUUGAAUAGAUCUAUCUCGACAGGGAAUUGGUCAUUGAAAAGAUUUAAGAUGGAAAGAGCUGGUGUUACCCACGUUUUAUCCAGAUUAUCAUAUAUUUCUGCCUUAGGUAUGAUGACAAGAAUUUCCUCUCAAUUUGAAAAAUCAAGAAAAGUCUCUGGACCAAGAGCUUUACAACCUUCUCAAUUUGGUAUGUUGUGUACUGCAGAUACACCAGAAGGUGAAGCGUGUGGUUUAGUUAAGAAUUUAGCUUUGAUGACACAUAUUACUACAGAUGAUGAAGAGGAUCCAAUCAAAAAAUUAUGUUAUGUCUUAGGUGUAGAAGAUAUCAGUUCAUUGGACAGUGCAACAAUUCAUGAAAGUUAUGGUGUACAUUUAAACGGUACGUUAGUUGGGACAACUAGAUUUCCAAACAAGUUUGUUACUCAAUUUAGAGAUUUAAGAAGAGCAGGUAAGGUGUCUGCGUUUAUUUCCAUUUACACUAAUUCUCAUCAACAAGCAGUUCAUAUUGCUACCGAUGGUGGUAGAAUUUGUAGACCACUGAUUGUAAUAGAAAAGGGCAAGUCACUUGUCAAAGCAGAGCAUUUGAGAGAUUUAUUAAACGGUGACUUAGUUUUCGAUGACUUCUUAAAACUAGGUUUAGUUGAAUACUUAGAUGUCAAUGAAGAAAAUGAUUCAUUUAUCGCAUUGUAUGAGAAAGAUAUCACACCUGCCAUGACACAUUUAGAAAUUGAGCCAUUUACUGUUUUAGGUGCUGUCGCUGGUUUAAUUCCAUAUCCACAUCAUAAUCAAUCCCCACGUAAUACAUAUCAAUGUGCUAUGGGUAAGCAAGCAAUUGGUGCAAUUGCUUAUAAUCAAUUCAAGAGAAUUGAUACAUUAUUAUAUUUAAUGAUUUAUCCACAACAACCGAUGGUAAAAACAAAAACAAUUGAGCUAAUUAAUUAUGAUAAAUUACCAGCUGGUCAAAAUGCGACUGUUGCAGUUAUGUCUUAUUCUGGUUAUGAUAUUGAAGAUGCUUUAAUUCUGAAUAAAUCGUCCAUCGACAGAGGUUUCGGUCGUUGUGAAACAAGAAGAAAGACAACUACAAUCUUAAAGAGAUACCCAAAUCAUACCCAAGAUAUCAUUGGUGGUAUGCGUGUUGAUGAAAAUGGUAAGCCUAUUUGGCAACAUGAAGCUUUGGGACCAGAUGGUUUGGGUGAAGUGGGUAUGAAAGUUAGUAGUGGGCAGAUCUAUAUUAACAAAUCUAUUCCAACAAAUACAGCAGAAGGUUUAGAAGCAAUUAAUACUCAAUCACAAUAUAAAGAAACUCCUGUUAUGUACAGAGGACCUGAACCAUCUCAUGUGGAUCAAGUAAUGAUGUCUGUUUCUGAUAACGAUCAAGCUUUGAUUAAAGUUUUGUUAAGACAAAAUAGAAGACCUGAAUUAGGUGAUAAAUUUUCAUCUAGACAUGGUCAAAAGGGUGUAUGUGGGUUAAUUGUUCAGCAGGAGGAUAUGCCAUUUAAUGAUCAAGGUAUCAAUCCUGAUAUUAUUAUGAACCCUCAUGGUUUCCCAUCUCGUAUGACGGUUGGUAAAAUGAUUGAAUUAAUUUCUGGUAAAGCAGGUGUUUUAAAUGGUUCGUUAGAAUAUGGUACAUGUUUUGGCGGUUCAAAACUUGAAGAAAUGUCUAAGAUAUUAGUAGAUAAGGGUUUUAAUUACUCGGGUAAGGAUAUGCUAUAUUCUGGUAUAACAGGUGAGUGUUUGCAAGCCUAUAUCUUUUUUGGUCCAAUUUACUAUCAAAAGUUAAAGCAUAUGGUCUUAGAUAAAAUGCAUGCCAGAGCUAGAGGGCCAAGAGCGGUUUUGACUCGUCAACCUACCGAAGGUAGAUCUAGAGAUGGUGGUUUAAGAUUAGGUGAAAUGGAAAGAGAUUGUGUUAUUGCUUAUGGUGCUUCCCAAUUACUACUGGAGAGAUUGAUGAUAAGUUCUGAUGCAUUUGAAGUGGAUGUUUGUGACAAAUGUGGGUUGAUGGGCUACAGUGGUUGGUGUACUACCUGUAGAAGCGCUGAAAAUAUUAUUAAGAUGACCAUACCUUAUGCUGCCAAAUUAUUAUUCCAAGAACUUUUAUCAAUGAAUAUUGCUCCAAGGUUAAGAAUGGAGAAUAUUUUCCAACAAUAA